UUUUAUUUAUCAAGUACAUGUAUAGAACGCCAUUUGCAAAAAAUCGGGUAUCAAAAAGAUACAUAUCAGAAUGGAUUACAUUCCUCAUCUAUCAGAGGUCCUGUAUGUCGGUCUGCAUCGUAAGAUAGGGACGCCGACGGAAGUGGCGAUCAUAAGGGAUGUGAUGGACAUGGAGGAGAUGAUACAAAAAAAUGUUUAUAAUCAUAUUGGAAUUGUUGAGAUGAAGAGUGGUAGUUAUAGAGAAGGAUUUAGGUUGAGAUCAUCGGACAGGGAUUCAAUGAUCUGUUUUUGUAAUUAUAAAUUGAUAACUGACAUAUCGCAGUCGUGGCUUUAUAAUACAUCAAAAUAUAGAGUUGUGCUAAUAGAAGAUUCUGAUACACCGCCAGGGUUUGUCAGAUUACGCCUCCUGACUCCAACACGACACAGUAUCACGAUAUCUUGUCUUGUUCUAUGUAAUGGUAAUGCCUAUAUAUCUAGCCGUCUGUUGAGAGAAAUUCAUUUUCAACCUAUGAAUAAAAAAGGCCUCAAGAUUGAAAAUGUAAAAAUUCAUGGUCCUUGUAGAAGUGGUGUCAUUCAUUCUAUUGAAUUCGAUGAAGCUUGUUGUCUAUCCUUUUUUCCUUGGCCUAAACCAUUAGGAAGUUGGGUUGACAGAUGCUUAAGACAUACUUGGCCGUCUGCAUCAGUGAUAGAAAGAAUUCUAAAAAAUGAAUGUCACUGUGUGGCUAUUGGAAGUAAAGUUGAAUCGCCUUAUAACGAGCUGGAAUGGAGAUUAUCGUAUUCACAAGCCGAGCAACAACUAGUGUGUGCCAUGUAUCAUACACAAUUUUCAUGUUACGGAAUCUUAAAAAAUAUUUCUGAAGGACGUCAUUAAUUUAAGGGAGGAACCACUACUGUGUUCAUAUUUCAUGAAGACCACAAUAUUCUGGAUGAUUCAAUUAGGUCACAUGAAAUGGAUCCCAAACAACAUACUAGAUUGCUUUUGGAGGUGUUUCAAAUAUCUCAUACAUUGUGUUCAUCGAGAAGAUUUUCCAAACUUUUUUAUUCCACAAAACAACAUGUUCAUUCACAAAGUUGUUGGUGAUGCACGUGAAUCUCUUUUACGGCAGCUUCAUCAGUAUUACAGAAUGGGCGUUUCCUGUCUACUGCUGAGCCCAACUCUCAGAUCAAUACUAGAACCAGCUCUCAGUAGCCCGUACUAUGUGUUAUCUUCUGUUGAGGGAGAAAUUUUGAGUGAUUUAGAUAUAUGUGGAAUGACUGAAAUAAUUCAAUUAUCUUUUUCAUCUGAAGACAUAUCAAAGUCAUAUCUUUAUUUAAAGUCAAUUAACAAACUAUCUCGUUUAUCACUCUCUUCAUACCAGUUGUUAACAUUACAGUUCUGUACUGCUGAGACUCUUGUUCGUUUAGCGUUCAUAAUGACAAAUCGUAGUUCAUGUUGCUCGCAUACAACUAUAUAUAACUUAGAUAUAUUAAUUUGUGGCAUGUUGAAAAUGGCAGCAAGAUUAGGUCAUAUGUCUCAUUUACUUUAUCUAGCAUUGUAUUAUUAUAGAACAUGGAGAUUUGAUAAAACACUUCAUAUCACUCAUAUCACUAAACAAAGACUAUCGCAGGCAUUUAUUAUGUAUAUGGAAACUGUUGAUAAGCAGAGGUACCAUAAAGCUGUAGGUAAUAUGCCAUUGUCUAGAAGAAUGAAGAUAGCCUGGGUUGUCGAUGUGCGUUCAGUGCGUAAAAAUGUCCCCUUUCUUGAAGAAUUAUGUUUAGAACAGUUUGUGAAGUCAACAAAACGGAGGCACACUCUUAUUUGUAUCACCGUUUAUUAUGGUAGAGAUGUUGUCUGUGUUAUCUCACUAUAGACUGGGCAAUAGAUCUCAGUGUUUACAGUCACUGACAGACCUACAGACACUGCUGCUCUAUGAUAACGGGAGAUAUGUUCCUUUACGAAUCAGAGACCUAUCCUGGCAGAUACUAGGAAUCUGUCAGCAUGUUUGUGGGAGACUUACACGGGGCUUUACGGUCUUAUGAAGAAUCGCUCAGACAGGAACCAUAUCACAGAAUAAAAGAAGCCACAGAUCAUAGAACAGAAUGCGUCAAACAACAAAUACAGGUAAAUGUAUGAUUGUUAGAUAUGUUUGUCGAUGUUUCUAUCUUAAUUUAAAG